AUCUGUGAUUGUAUUAUCGAGGCCUAAAGUGCUUUUAUAUCAUGACAACUAAUUUGAUAAAGAAAUGAAUUUCAAGUUGCAAAGAUAAUUUUAAUUUCUAUUUUUUGCUUCGUAAAGAUUCUAAAUUUGUAUUGUUCAUUUUUCUUUGAUAGUGUGUUAUUGCAACUUGAAUUCUUUGGCUUGUUUGAUUGCUUCCUCCACCCACAGUUGAGCGUCUUGUAUUCACUAAAUCACUAUAAUUAUGUCAGGUGUUUCAGAAUCAAAUGUUUCUUCCCAAACUUCUCGAGGAACCAAAAGGAAAUGGGUUCCAGAAGAAGAUGCAACGUUGGUUUCCUGUAUGGUGGACUUGCAUAAUGUUGGAACCUUUAAUGCUGAUACGGGGUUCAAAGCCGGUUAUUUAAACGAGUUGGAAAAAAUGUUAGAAAAAGCUCUACCCAAUGCAAUGUUGAAGGCUAGACCUAAUAUUGAAUUGAGGAUUAGGCUACUGAAAAGGGAUUGGCCAAUCGUGUAUGACAUGCUUAAUGGCCAAAACAAUAGCGGUUUUGGUUGGGAUGAGCAUAGGCAGCUCGUUUUUGCUGAAGAUGCGGUUUGGAACUCUUAUUUAAAUAGUCAUAAAGAAGCCGGUCAAUUCAAACAUCGUAGUUUCCCUUACUACGACCAACUUACUGCCAUAUACGCAAAAGAUCGAGCGACUGGGAAAGAUGCUCAAACAGCAGCUGAUGUUAUUAAAGAAAUAAAUGUUGAGGAUAACCGUAACCAGAUAGAAACCAAAGGGGUUCCACAUCUUCAAAGAAGAAAAAAAAGAAUUCUGAUGCAAGUGAUCAUAUUUCUUCUUCAUUUCAUGAUGCUGCCACUUUAUUGGCGGAAAACAUGCAGGCCAUUGGCGAACAAAUCAGUGGGAGUAUUGCCUCCGAUGUGGUAG